AUGGCGACCCUCGAGGUUCAUUUAGUGUGGUGUAAACAUGCCCAUGGACGACUACACGAUGGGGACGGAUGGGAUGAAGUUGAAGAGUUGGAAGACGCGCAGGACGCGGAGAAGCGUGGGGAGAGACGGUUGCGAGUCAGUCCGUCAGUUACAACGGCAGGCCACCAUGUUGAUUCGGAUGUUCAUGCGUUCAUGAUCCACUUUGAAUCCAAACACCCCUCGGAUGGUCGUCGGAGAAUAGUAGUCCCCCUCCCACGCUGGAUCCUACCCCCUUACCCUACGUCCUCCCCGACUUCAACCACACAAACCCUCACACCCUCGUACCCAACCGGCGCACGGAGGUUCCACACGUUAUCGAGCAUAACCGCAUCCUCGACUUUGUGGAACAGCAGGAUCGCUGUGGUGGGUGAACCGGGAGGGAGGUGUACAGCGCGUACGAGGGUGCUCAGUUUUACGGGUGAUAUGGGUUGGACGGGUAUUGGGUUUAUCUGGGAAAAGGGUUGCGCGAUUGGGUUUAUUGGUGGUGGUGGUGGUGGUGGAGGAGGGGGGUUCACCACUGCCACUACCGUCCCCAGAUCCUUCGCCACUUGUUCAGGCGGAGGCACGAACGGGAGUGCAUCGACCAAUGCUCGCACCUCAUUCAUCGGGUCUGGACCCCAUGUUAUAUGCGAAACCGCUAAGCCUAGGUGGGAUACUGCGAAUCCAGGCGGUGGACUCGAGCCCUUUGCAGACGGGGAGGAAGAAGGAGGAGGAGGAGACUUGGUUGGAGGUCUUGAAGACGCAGACUCAGAGGAGGAGGGGGAGGAGGAAGGAGAUGAGGACUUCCCAAGCCGAGCGGGGGAUCGAGUCGUGGACGAUAUCGACAGAGUGGAGCACGAGGACGAGGACGAUGUAGGCGAACGGGAUGAGGUGGGAGGGGUAUACGCUAUCGACGCCAUCGACGACGCCGACGAACAGGGCGAGAUAGAUGGGGAGUUGGUCAAGGACGACGAGGCGGGUCCUAGCGGCGUCCGUGUUCGAUUCGACAUCCGAUUCUCGCUGGGAUCGUAG